GCAGCAGCAGCCAUUGUGGCUUGAUUAUGGAAUUAAAAAAACCAAACAAUUUAGUUGUCAAUUGAGUCUUGAUUAAACAAACGGUGGCGAAAGAGCCAACGUUAAAAUAAUAGUGGUUUAACAAAAAAUAACCGUAUUAAACAAAAGAGAACAACGCCGUCAAGACGAUAAAUAAAACUUGUAUAGUUAAUGUUAUUACGUGUUUUUGUUGAACUUUUAUUUAAAAUGUUUAAACAUAAAAUUGUGGGUUUUUUUGUUUUAUUCUCCUUUAUAUCAUUGGGUAGUUUACAAGUUCAACAAUCAUUAUGGCCCGAUGAUAACAGUCAUUUUAAUAAAACGUUGGCAAAUAUAAUGCAACCCCGAGUUGUGGGAUCUGCAGGUCAUACAAAAGUACGCAACUUUAUAAUAAGAGAAUUACAAUCGUUGGGUUUUAACACGGAAGUUGAUGAAUUCUCCGAAAAAGUGCCCAUAUUUGGCAAUGUUACUUUUGCCACCGUUGUUGGUGUUCUAAAUCCAGAUGCCAGCGACUUUUUAGCAUUGUCCUGCCACUACGAUAGUAAAUAUUUUCCAAAUGACCCAGGAUUUGUAGGUGCCAUCGACUCCGCAGUACCAUGUGCCACUCUGCUUAACACUGCUAAAACUCUACACCCAUAUUUGCAGCAAAAUAAUGGUCGUAAAGAUCUAGGAUUAAUGUUAAUAUUUUUUGAUGGCGAAGAAGCUUUUAAAGAGUGGACUAAUACAGAUUCUCUAUACGGCUCUCGGCAUUUAGCCAGAAAGCUUUCAAAUUCUAAACCUAAAACUUCACCAAAAAUACGCCACAUUGAUAGAAUUGAAGUUUUAGUUCUUCUUGAUUUAAUUGGUGCUGCCAACCCUAAAUUCUCUAGUUUUUACGCCAACACCCAGGGUUUGCAUAGUAGUCUCUGUGAUAUUGAACGGGAUUUGAUGAAGCAAAAACUUUUAGAGGGUCAUAAUCUAAUGUUCUUAAAUCGCCAGGCUCAAGGUUUUGUAGACGAUGAUCAUCGUCCAUUUUUACAAGAAAAUGUUCCUAUAUUGCAUGUAAUACCAACACCAUUCCCUCCUCAAUGGCAUACGCCUAAUGAUAAUGCGCAAAAUUUACAUUGGCCCACCAUUAGAAAUUUUAAUCGAAUCUUUCGCACUUUCGUCUACGAGUAUUUGCAACGCCAUCGGGAAAGAGUUAAUCUAAGAUAUUUCUAAAUAUGUGUAUACCUAUGUAUUCACUUGCAUUUGGAUUGUUUAUCAGCUUGUAAAUUUUUAAAUGUAAAUGUUUGUAAAUUUUGUUUUUAGAAAAAUGUUUUAUUUUUAUUAAUUAAAACUAAUGUAAAGAAGCAUGUUACUA